CGCCUGUUGCCUUCAGGUCCCGUGACGAAUUUACAUCGGAACUUUGUACGAGCAGGAAAGGCUGAUGUUUCCUGCUUGUCUGUGCUGAGUCUCCCAGUCGCAACAGGACCUCACCGCCCUCACGUGUUGGAAGGGGUUAGUAGGGGGGCGACGGGUCCCCUCAUCCCGGUUCGAACGCCUCAAAUGUCGGGUUAAUUGAGGACUCGGAGGAGAGCCACCUCGAAACUCCGAAAGCAAGAUGCACCGCUGACCCGUCGUCUCCAGGAGGACGACCCGCCGCCCGUGCCAGCCUUCGACCUUUCUUCGCCCGCCGCAAGAUGGAGGAGCAAUCGGGCCUGCCCAACGUCAGCAUCCCCUGCCACAACGAGCAGAGGGACAAGAAAAAGCGCUACACGGUGUACAAGGUGAUCGUCAACGUGGGGCAGCAGGAGUGGUUCGUCUUCAGGCGAUACGCCGAGUUCGAUAAACUCUACAACACGUUGAAGAAACAGUUCCCGUCGUUGAGCCUGAAGAUUCCCGCCAAGAGGAUCUUCGGGGAUAAUUUUGAACCCGAGUUCAUCAAGCAGAGACGAGCUGGCCUGCACGAGUUCAUCAAAGGCAUCGUGUCCAUCCCGCAGCUUUGCAAUAAUCCAGAUGUGAGGAGCUUCCUGUUGAUGGACAAAAUGCAAAACUCGCAGAACUCCGACGCGUCCGAAGAUGAAGACGAUAAAAACAACUCAUCUUCCCGAAACAUUAACCUGGGACCUUCUGGAAACCCGCACGCCAAGCCCACCGACUUUGACUUUUUAAAAGUCAUUGGAAAGGGCAGUUUUGGGAAGGUGUUCCUGGCCAAAAGGAAGCUGGACGCAAAGUAUUACGCGAUAAAGGUCCUACAGAAAAAGGUCAUUCUCAACAGGAAAGAGCAAAAACACAUCAUGGCCGAGCGCAACGUGCUGCUGAAGAACGUGAAGCAUCCCUUCCUGGUGGGGCUCCACUACUCCUUCCAGACCGCAGACAAGUUAUACUUUGUUUUGGAUUUCGUCAACGGAGGGGAACUUUUCUUCCACCUUCAAAAAGAGCGGACCUUUCUGGAACCCCGGGCCAGGUUCUACAUUGCCGAAAUGGCCAGCGCCCUCGGCUAUCUGCACUCGCUCAACAUCGUUUAUAGAGACUUGAAGCCUGAAAAUAUUCUGCUAGACCACGAAGGUCACAUCGUUUUGACGGACUUUGGCUUGUGCAAGGAAGGCAUUUCUCAGACUGACACCACCAGCACUUUUUGUGGGACGCCCGAGUAUUUGGCUCCAGAGGUGCUGAGGAAGCAGCCGUACGACAACACCGUGGACUGGUGGUGUCUGGGUUCGGUGCUCUAUGAGAUGCUGUUUGGCUUGCCGCCGUUUUACAGCAGGGACACGCACGAGAUGUACGACAACAUUCUGCACAAGCCGCUGGUAAUACGCGCCGGUGCAUCCAACGCGGCCUGGUCGCUGCUGCAAGGCCUUCUGGAGAAAGACGGCGCGUUCAGGCUGGGAGCCAGGGAUGACUUUAACGAGAUCAAAACACACCCCUUCUUCUCCACCAUCAACUGGACUGACCUCGAACAGAAGAAGAUCCCUGUCCCGUUCACCCCCAAAGUGAACUCUUUCUCUGACAUCUCGAAUUUUGACCCCGAGUUCACGGAAGAGAUGGUGCCCAACUCUGUGUGUUGGACCCAUGAACACUCCAUCGUCAACGCCAGCGUGAUGGAGGCUGACGACGCCUUCGUGGGCUUCUCCUACGCACCGCCCUCUGAAGACUCCUUCCUAUAAUUUAUCCCCAACGUUCCAUCAUAAUAACAUCUUAAAAGGGAAGAAAAUUUGCGUCACGUCACCAAAGACAGCAGCUAUGAUAUGAAACGGCACUUAUAACAGAUUUUAUUGGGAACAAAGUAUGAUGGGGGGAGGAAAAAAAUAUAUAUUUUUUUUUUACCCAUUUGUAUUUAUAUAGAGUAUAUAUAAAAGAUGCUAUUUUAAGAAAUAAGGGCAUUUAUUCAGCAUUGAUGUCACUCCUAAAAUGUGCCUUUAGCUUUGUCCACUUUAAAAAAAAAAAAAGACUUUAAUGGACAUAAUUGGAAGAAAAUAUGUCACUGUGUCACUACUAAUGUAGAUUUGUCAUUUCUAUGUGGUUGCUGUAAUUCAGUAUUUCAUAUUUCUGAACUCUAGCCCGGCUGUAGAAUUACUGGAGAGGCCACAGGACAGCGGUUUUUGUGUAUCACAGGUUACAAAUGUUCACCUUUUUUUUUUUUUUUUUUUACAAAGACUAUUGUAGGUGUAUUUUCUUGCUAAGUAAUAAAAGAAUUUUUGAAAUGUG